UAAAAAAACUUUAUAAUGUUUAGCAUUGUAUUAACCUAUUUCUCUAUUUCUCUUCUCUCUUUCUCUCUUGCUCUGCAGGGCCAGAAGAUGCCUGUGCUUCAUCCCGGGGCGUAUCCACCCUCCCUAGCCCAGCUGAUGAUGUACCAGCAGGAACACUACUCACACUCACCGGGGACACCCCCUCCUCAUGUCAGAGGGCUCGAGGUCGAUUCCAAGACAGGUAUCCUGAGACGGAGCCACUCCGAGAUCUCACCGUAUCAUCCACUGUCUCCGAGCUCCUUGGGAACACAUCCUUUAGAGGUCUACAACAUGUCUUGGCCAGGCCAACCGUUCUACCCUCUCACCAGCAGUGCACUGCGGUCCCCCUACCCUCCCAGCCUAGCCGUCAGCCCAGCCAGCAUGGCACGCCUGGGCCCCUCGCCCAUCGGCGCCGGUCCAAUACCCGUGGGUAGCCUUCCACACUCCCUCAUGCACCCCAUUGGGUCAUCUCAGCAACAUGAUGCACAGCAGCAGAGCAAUGAUAGGCAUCAGAAGGAGAAGGAAAAGAAGCUUGCCGCCCAAGAAGCAAAGAACAAACAGCAACACAUCAAGAAACCUCUCAAUGCAUUCAUGCUCUACAUGAAGGAGAUGAGAGCCAGCGUGGUCAAGGAGUGCACCCUCAAAGAGAGCGCAGCCAUUAAUCAAAUAUUAGGAAGAAGGUGGCAUGCGCUCACCAGAGAAGAACAGGCCAAGUACUAUGAGCUCGCACGCAAGGAGCGACAACUUCAUAUGCAGCUAUACCCAGGCUGGAGCGCCAGGGACAACUAUGCCAUACACGGCAAGAAGAAGAAGAAGAAGAGAGACAAGUCACAUGGCGAUAAUCCAGGUGAGCCAUCAACACCCAAGAAGUGUAGAGCGAGGUUUGGUGUGGACCAACAAGAUUUCUGGUGUAAACCUUGCAGGAGGAAGAAGAAGUGCAUAAGAUACAUCUCAUCUGAUGAGAACGACCACGGAAGGAACGAUGAUGAUAUGGAUGACGAUGACAUGGACGACGACCAGUCGGACACCAGCCCCAGUCAGCCACCUCCUCUCGACCCAGACCAGCCAAUACCAUCGCCCCUAUCGAGGAUGCCCCAUUCUCCAGUCCAUCGACCUCACCAGGAUGCCAUGGUCUCACCGAAGCAGAACGGCAUCCAUCCUGUUUCAUUAAGCCGUGUGCUCCCUCAUCCGAUCAGCAGCAGCGGUCGGAGUAACAGCAACGGACACAGUAGUAGCUUUCAGAGCAACGGUGAGCCCCCGACAUCCAAAGGACCAAGCGCAUCGUCAUUGUCAUCAUCAUCCUCUGCAUCGUCGUCAUCGGCCGGAAUGUCGCAUUCGUCCACCAGUUCAUCCCACAAGGUUCCAAGCCAUAGAGACAGUCAUUCGGCAAGCCACUUGAGCCAGUCGAGUGUGAACAAGCCUGCCGAAACGAGUCGUCCGCUCUUCUCGCCGCACUUACACACGACGUCGUCGAGCGGGCCGGGCACGUCGGCAUCGAUAUCAUCAUCUCUUUCACAUUCUACUCUCAGCAUUCCGUCGCUGUCGUCUCAGCACAUCUCCCACCACUCACAGCAAUCCCUGGCAGCACAGACGUCGCCGACCAUCGUUCACUUACCUCACCCGUCGGCGGCGUCCUACCCGUCUCUUUCGAGUGCAACGUCCCCCAUGGUCAUGUUCUCGCCGCAGGCAUCGUUGCUGGGCCACCAUCCGACCCCGCCUGGGAUGCACGAGGCGUUCCGGCCGCACCUUACGAACGGUUUCCCCCCGCAUGGGCUCUUACCCAUGCAUCAUCCUCAAGGUAUGCAUCCCCCUCCGCUCAUCUCGGCGGCGCACUCCCAUCAGCUUAGAGUGCCCCUGUCUGAAAUGCCUCAGGAUCUCUCAGUCAAGUCAGGGACCGUAACAGCGUGACUACCCUGGUGAGGCUUGGUCACAGUCGCAACGUAACGUUUCAAUCCGCCCUCUCCCAAGAUUCAAUCCUCUAUGCAUACCAACCAAUAAACCAGAAACAGGGUUACAGAAAAAUCUUAAGAUUGACCCUAUUACCCCGAUCACACUGCCAAUCCGACAGCUGACCAUGGUCUGACUGUAUUCGGUCAAGCGUCGGUCUCAAUGAUGUGUCUGACCUACAAACCCACACCUACAUGUUUUCACCCUUUUGAUGAAAAUUGUAGUUCCAAUUUUGUUAAACCAUGAAAACUUAGGGCUAUAAAAAGUACUGUAUCUCUCCUGAUCGUAUUCAUUGGGCUUGUGCCUUGUUGCUCUUUAUCAAGCAGUCUGAAAUUAACGACCAACCGUUUUUAGUCCCAAUUUUUGAUACUAUUUGAGAAAGAAGUGGCUGGACCAUUUUAAUGUAAUUUUUUUACUCAAUCAAAAAUAUGAUUUAUCCAUUAUCCCCUGAAUUCAUGUUAACUGCACGCCAUAGGAUUUUAUCCAUCUCAAGUUUAUUUAUAAAGCUACCUCGAUCCAUCCCACCGUUAAAGUGAUAACCAUGGUAAGGACCCCAAUUCUGGUAUGAGAAACCUACAAAGCUGCUUGAUGUGUAGGUUCUGCCGAAGUGUUGCGUUGCGGCCAGAGUAAGUCUCUCCCUCCACCUGAACUUGACGAUAUGUACUAUUCAACGUUGUGAAUUUGUAAAUUAUUUAUAUGCACGGACCACAUGCGAAUCGUCUUGCGCCGUCGGAGCUCUCAGAGACACCCACCCGAGGCAAUCGUCUGCUUUCGUCGGUCGGCACGGCCAUUUCAUUUGCUCCUACUGCAAGACCUAUCUCGUAAAAUGGGAGACAAAGACUCUUUAGAGCUUAAAAGAUGACCUAUCGUGACUGCUGAAUUCAUUGCUGUCUUUUUUCUUGUUUUGCUUUGUAAUAUAUAUUUCACUCACUUGCUCACUUCUGUACUUUUUUUUAAAGACGUUUUUUUUGUUGUUCAUCUGUUGUUAUAGGAACGCAUCAUACAUCAUCGGUCAAUGGAAAUGCAGUGUGUGGUGUUGGUAUUUUAGUAGUGCCAGGAGUUUUGUAAACUCCUGUUUCAACAGCUUCUUAAUGUGUUCCUCUAUCCGAUUCCGGUUUAAGAAAUGCUGUCAAGUUCCGGUGUAAGAAAUGCUUACUGAUUUUAAAUCCGAUGUCGAGUGUUUUUAAAUGAAGUGCUUGGGAAGUACAUCACACCCAAGACAAACACUGAAUUUUAAGCACCUACAUGUCAUUUGCUUUUGGCUGCAACCAAGUGUGUGUCCAUACAGGACUUUUAAACAUGUAUCCAUCAUGAACAUCUCUGAUUUUACUUUAGCAUUACAUGAGGUAUUAAAGCAGAAGAUAAAAAGGAACAGAUAGAAAAUUAAGGGUUUAUUAUUUCAGUUCUUUCUUUGACAAAAGACUUUAAAACAUGUCUUUUCAGCGAAAACACAAUCUAUCCAGAAUUAAGAUCAUAUGAACAUGAUGUUCUCACAGAUAAAUUACUAGAAUAUUAAUUGUUAACAUACUUCUUAUGGUGUUGACAAAUUACUAAUUACCACUGUGGUGAGUUAGCUUCUAACUUCUUGUAUGAAUACACUUACAAGUCACAUGACCAAUCACAUGACCGAUCACAUGCUAUGAUGCGUCUCCUUAUAAAGCAAACUUGAAUAACCAUACCUGCAAUCUUGUACAUGUUCAUUCAUUAAAAGUCUAUUACUUUAUAAUUUUGUUUAUAUAAUAUUAGUGAGAAAUGUGAUUUUAUGUUGUAAGAAUUAUAUUCUAUGUUAGUUUUGAUGUUUCCCCCCAAGAUAUAUCUUUAAAGUUUGAAGUACACGCAAGUACAUAUCUGAAAUUAUUGACUUUUCUAUUUUUUUUCUCAUUCUUUUGUGGAGAUAUUCUUCGGAGGAUGAUCUUUUUUAUACUUAACAUCUCAAGCUACAAUGUAGACAGUUACGGAAACUACCUUUUUGAAAAUUAAAUUCAGGGCAAAGAGUUGAAAAUGACUUACAAACAGUACAGAUGUAGAAUUCAAAGUUGGUCAGUUUGUAACAUAUUGUACCUAACUUUUGAUAAAUCAAAGUUAUAUUUACUGUUAUGUUUGUAGGAAGUAUAGGAGAACUAUGCUAACAAGCAUGUUGUAUUCAUUCAAUACGGAUAAUUUGAUUAUUUUUCUUUACUUUAAAUGUUCCCCAUUUACGAUGUUCUUCUUGAGAAGGGACGAAACAUCAAUACUUGUCAAAAAUCCUUCUCUCAGUAAUUCAAUCAUUUAUACCUUUAAAAACCAGGCACAAUAACAGCAUUUUAUUUUCUCUCUCUCGAUUUAAGCAACUACUUCUUGUCCCUGUUUUCUCCCAACCUAAAAGCAUGUGGCUUCUGUGUUCUUUCUUGAGCUUCAUUUUCUCCUUCACGUUUAUGUAUUUCGCUCCAUCCGUUGAUCGAGAGAGAAAAAUUUGUGAAAUAUGUACUUCAUCCUGCAGUUGAUGAAUGAAGAAAAGAGUACUAUAAAUAAGUGUGACAGUACUUUUGUUUUAUACGAAACAGGACCCGCUUGUAUUCAGCUUUUUUUGUUUUUUUGUAAUUCAGAUGAUAAUGUAUUUUCUAUGGAGGUUUAAAGGUUCCUGUGUAUCAUACAACAAGAUUUCUUGAAUAUGCAAUAAAGUUUGGAAAUCUGCUCAUUUUCACUCCCAUUUUAGAAUAAAUACAGCGGCACAAAAUGCUAUCAUGGAUUGAUGUUUGAAUAAUGAUAACAAAAAUGUGAUAUCUGAUAGAGGUUAAUUUCCAUGUCGAUCAUAGAAUCUAAAUGAACUUGUCCAGAUAAUAAUGAUAAUUUGAAGGAUUGAUGUCACCAAGUGAAUAUACAUUAAAGGAUUUACCACUGCCUUAUAUAAAUUAGGAUACCACAUGCUCAAAUAUCUUCAUGUUUUUCUAUUAAAAAGAAUCGAUUUACACCACCGAUCUUGGUGCACCUUUUACAGAGUUUCCCCAAAUCUGUGGUCUGAUUGGCUUUUUCAAGGAAAAGUACAUUCGAUUGUAACCUCAGUUUUUAAUGUAACUUUUGUGCAAGUGGACUUUAAUAGGUGUAAUAAACUCAUAGCUUUAAUGAUACGUACAAGGACCAAAUCAUACUAGACACUACACUUUGUAACACCUGGCAAAAUUUUGCUCAGCUUUAUAUUAGUACAUUCCAGGAGUACAUGUUUUGGGGGAUUUCCCCUAAGCCAUAGUAUGGAACAAGCCGUUAGUUUUGCAAGGAUUCAUUUAUUUUCCAGAGGGUUUUAUUUUUGUAAGGCAUUCAAUUACGUCAUUUUUUUUGCAAAUUUUUGUAGGGUUGCGAAUUUGAUAACGCACAGAAAAAUGAGCUGUCAGGGCAUGUACGAUCAUGUAUUUCAUGUACCAUAGCAUGUUUUAAAUAUCAUUAAUGCAAACGAAACAAACUACAUGUACAACUUUUUUUGGUGGGUUUUUGUUAUUUUGUACCUUCAGAAUUAAAAAGAAUCAAAUAAAAUGUUGAAAGUAAGUGUGGAUUAUUGCUAAUACUACCCUUGGGCUGUAAGCUCCCCUCUUAUUUUUUAUGAACAGUUUGUAAACUUAAGACUUAUCUUUUAGGCUGAACCGUGUAUGUAAUCCAUCCUGAAAACAUAAAUAAUGGUAAGAUGGAGUUGUUCUUUCUCUUACCGGCCAGUCUUUUUAAUAAUGUGACGAUACUGAAUGCUGCACAGGACUUAAAGGGAAAUCCAGCCUUGGCAGACAACUACUCUAAAGGAAAGCAGAAAAAUCAGAAAACCUGACUGGUGAAGUGUGAAUUGAGUUGGACAAAAAAAUCAGAAAGUUAUGAAUUUUUGAAAUUUGUAAUCACUAUGUGGGAACUUCAAAUUGGCUGAAUCAGUAAUGUUAAGUGUAACAAAGUGCCGGACUACUUUCCCAUUUGUUUCAACACAUCAAAUGAUUAAUAUGUCUUUUUUUUCUUCAAGACUUAUGGUUAGGGACAUUCUUCUUGUUAGAGGACCUAUAACAAUAUCUUAUCAAUAAUAAACAUGUACUAUCAAUAUAUUUUGAGUAGUGCCACAAAGGAGAAGGCACUUGGGGGAAAAACAGAAAUUAAUUAUAUUUUUGUACACAACAAACUCAAGUUGUCCCAUGACUACGUAACAAUCCUCUGACCAAAUUGCCAAUUUGAGAUUUACAUGGAUUUAGUGAUUUCUUAUUUCAUAAAUUUGUAACUCCCUCAUUAUUGGCCCAAUGUAUUUCAAACUUUCGCUUUUCUAUGUAUCUUAUUUUUCUGCUUCCCUAACAACGAGUUAUUACAGGGUUUGGAUUGCCCUUUCAGACUAUUAACUCAUCCAAAAUGUAUCACAUACAAAAUGUUGACAAUUUUUCUGUAAUAUAGCCCUUUUGUUGUUAAAACAUAAAGACAACUUAUGUCUCUUUGUUUUUAAAAUUUUAAAGACGACCACUGUACAGAUGGCUGUUGAAUGUGUUUUUAAAAAGAGGGCUUAUUUUUUUAUCUCACGUACAGAACUCUUGAUAUAUACGCAAUUUCCGACAAUUGUAGUUGCCUGUAUUCAGAAAAUAUUCAUUACUUCAACGGUUGAAUCACUUGCUAAUGUUCCUAAGGAAUUUCAGAAACAAAUAUUAAAUUUUGCUGUUUCAUAUUAGGAACCUUUUAUUCAAAAACUGUUUAUCCAUAUCAACUGAAAUCUCUGUCAUAUUGGUUUUUGGUAAAUUUUGUAGAAAAUUAGGGCAGUUCAUUUAAUCACCAAUAGACAUUCCAUAACAUCACCUCCAUUCUUUAUCAGUUCUAGAAGGUAACAAAACGAUUAAUUUAGUUAUCUUUCUUUAAUCGGUAACUCUCAUAAAUUUUAAGUUGAAAAAAUUAUUAAUACAAUUUUUUUUUUUUUUUUUAAAUUAGCAAUUUGGUUAAAAAGUAAUCUGGGCAAAAUUCUAUCACCCCGGUGAGAGAAAACUAUGAGUCUUAAUAUCUUUUCUGAAUACAGGUUUAUACUGCUUGAUGACUGUCGUUUUGUUUUGGACUAGUUUCAAGUAAUGUGUCAAUAAUUAGUGUGAAUAAGAGAUUUUUAUAAGAUGCCUUGUGUGUUAAUGUUUUCCUAGUGAAAUAAUCAUGUUUUCAACAAAAUUACGAUGAAGAUUACAUAUAGUUUUAAAAGUUUUUUUGAAUUGAACUAUUUGCAAAUAUCCCCUUCCAACUUAAACCUUCAUUUUUUAAAAAAUUAAUAAUUGUUUCAGGAAUUAGUCUAAAAUAAAAAGAAAAAAACAUAUGUAGAUGGUUAAAUUAAAUUAUUGUUUGAAGCCUGUAUCUUUGAAUUGUUUUGGACAUGGAUGCAGGGGGUUCAGAAGUAACUGUUGAAUUUCAGAUUAUUCAAGAAUUUGUAUUGCUAAAUUAUCAUAUUUAAUUAUAAAAGCAAAUCAUGUGAACCGAUUGUUCAACUAAUUGUUCGAUGAGGAAUUGCUUUUUGACUUUUGAAAUGAAAAUCAUGUUUUGUCAUUGACUGUAUGUUUUUUAAACAACUAUUUUUUCUUGUUAGUGUGUUUUUGUAUUAUAUAAUAGAUGCUCAUGAGAGUGGUGAUGUUUUUUGUUUUCACUUUUUUUUAAAAUUAAUUUUUUGUUUGUAGAGCCUUCACAGAAUUGCAAAUGUAUAAAAUAUUGUAAUUUGCGUAAACAUUCGAUGGAAAAAAAUAUUGUGAAGAUUUGAAGAAAAAAAUAGUGAAAAUGAUUCUACACACUGGGCCGAAACGAAAAAUGUUUAUAUUAGUGCAUUUGUGAAAUAAACAUCUUUUUCAAGAACAGAUAAAUGA